UCUGCACCCCCCAACAUUUCUCUGCACCUCCCCCCUGUCCCACCUCUCCUCUGCACCCCCAUUUCUCUGCACCUCCCCCCUGGAGCCCUCUUUCCUAUAACACCCAGUUGGCCACGUUCAGUACUUACACAGCCCCCCACUAUGAAGAUGCCACGCGAGAUCCCCGGAGACUGAUGAAGGGCAGAUACCCAGGUCCAAAACAGCUGGUAAAUAGCCCCAAAUGGACCUUCUGCUGUGAACUACAUGGUCACCAUGGACUGGGGAAAGAGAGAAAAGAAGAGACAGACAGUGUUUAUGCUGCUCCUGUAGCCCGGCCGGGAGGGGCCCCACUCUGGGAUUAACUGAGCCGCCUGGGAAUGAAGAGUGAGCUGUUUGGUUCUGUUACACACACGUCUCCCCCGCCAGUGUGAUCUUCCGACCCCUCGUGACCCAAGAAGAAAACCUUGCAUGAGACUGAGAACAUUUCCAUCCACCUUUUACAGGAAGCUUCCAGCUUACGAGGUCCAUGGUGGCAGGAGAAAGGUGCCCUGCGGCACGUCCCAGCCCUGAGGAAAAGAUUGGAUCUUCUGCAGGUCUCUUUAUGGGGGGGGCCUGCAGCACCCCUGCAGGACACUACUCUACAACUGAGCUGAGAAAUUUACUUACUACACAUUGCACUGCUCUCUGGCUGUUAAUACAAACACAUUGCACAAACACACACACACACGUGUAUAAAUAGAAACACACACUCAUGAGCCAUCUGUGCACCACACUCUAUGGAUAGGGUUCUCUAUUGUCCCUACUCUUCACUAAUGCCCACUCCUUAUCCCACCCUACAGUCUGUACUAUUGCUACACUAACUACACUAAGCUUCUUUGCCUUUUGCCCAUAGGGAAACCGGUGUGAGAGCAGCUGGAUUUAGCCAUUGUGCCCUCGGAUCUCCCCUGAACCCCACCUCUUCUCUUGAUUGGACACAACAUGCUCCUGUAUGUCGCCCUGUGACACGUCCUGCACUGAAACAACGGCUGGAUGUAUCGCCCACAGGAUCAGUUUGGCUCUCGCUUUCCCCGGGAUCCCUUCAUUAGUGGAGUCAACCCAACAUGGAGCCCUCCCCACCCCCGGCCAUGGACCCCCGUGGGCAGAUGUUCCUCAAACAUGAACCAGUCUCCGCUGCCCCCUUACUUGCCCUCCAGUCAUGUGACUAACCAUCCCAGCAAAGCUUAUUAUCCAAUCAGCUCCCCCCCUGGCCCCCGUAUAGGCAAGUUAGAGCGGCUGCACUCGUGUGUUCAAACUCUACUGAGGGACGAGCAACAACCCCCCGUGUGGGAGCAGCUGGGUCACAUGUAUGAGUCGGAACAGGACUGGGAGGAGGCCAUUCGCUGCUAUCAGUCGGCUGCUCGAUAUCAUGGCGGCUACGAGCUCGGCGCCCACAUCUCCCGACUUCAACAGGCUCACAUGUGGAACAUGCACGCGACCCCCCAUCAUCGGCCCAAAUCUCUACCCCCUCUGCAACAAGUCUGGGACCUUAUGCAACAUGAGCAAAAGAGACAUUUUGUAGCUAAAAGGUGCCCCCCACAGCUGAAGCGCCCUGUGCCCCCCUCAGACCCUACAACACUCCAGCUGAGCCCCCACAAUCCCCAUGGAGGGGAGGAACAGCCAAUGAAACGGAGGAGGAGCAGGAGCCCUGACCAGCAAAGGAGGGGGAACCUUGGCCUGCACUCUCCUCCAGCCUCAGGGGCUUCUGGGAGUUUGUACCAUCAGGCACCUGUGAAGCCCAAUGUUUGGAAUCCCCUCACCCAUGUGUCCUGGGCUGAACACAGGGAGCGGCAGGAAUCCCGAACUCCCCACACGUCUCCUUACCCACCGUAUUGUCCUCCACGCCCUCUUCCUAAUCCACCGCCACUUCACCAGCAGCCCCGCCCUCCAAGUGACCUUAGUGAGGCUCGGGGGCAGAGGUCUGCAGAGGUCAUCCCCCCAGCACCUCCCCCUCUCCAUGUGCCUUACGAUCAGAGAAGACCCCGCGUCACUCCACCCAAUACCCUGAGGAAUGAUCUUGCCUCCUCCUCUGAUCGCUACCAGAAUUCUGCAGACAGCCCAUCUAGAAUCUGCCUUCCUCUUGUGGAACAGCUGGACCCCCCACAAACUAUUUGUCAACGCCAGCUACCAGCUGUCACCCGCCCUCCUCCUCCUCCACUGCAACAGGGAUGGCUGCACCCAACAGCCAAAGAGGAGAUGAAGAAGGGAGACCCACUGGAGGAAAUUCUGUUUGGAGAUGGACCUACAAAGGUUAAACAGGAAGGGUAUUACCCAUCCUGUGACACUCAAAGAGAGGGCAAUGUCUACAAGCACCAAACUCAGGGCAUUACCACCAGCAAAGCCACGUCUGAGGCCUACCAGCCUGGAAGCCUGGAUCAUGUACUGCAAAAGGUGGAUGAAUCUGGGUUAAUUGCCCCAAAGAAGGAGAUAGAACAGGACGUUAGAAAGCAUCUAUUGAUCCCAGAGCUGGAUGUUGGAGGCAAACAAUCAAGCCACGGACUCUCUAGAGCUGAGGGCAGCUUUUCUGGUGGGAAGGGAUCACCCGAAAGUGAGGACAAAUCUUUCUGCCCCUCUUUGGCCUCCCACCAUAAAGAUACCUCAGGAAGCCUCCCGGUGCCAGACUCGGUUGCAUUACCAGCGAAGCCAAUGCCUAUCCUGACUCGCAGGCCACUAAGUCCAAAUGCGGCCUUCUCUGAGAGAACAGUAGUGUGUGGACAGGGGAAGGAGCAACCCACUGGAUGCAAUCAGCUCUUUGAGUUUCCCGGAGGGCAGUUGCAUGAGCCCUUUGAGGAAGCCGCAGAGUUUGCAAAAAUAUUACCAGACGGGCUUGAUGACAUCAUGAAAAUGCUUGAUGAGUCAAUAGAAAAGGAAGAGGAGGGGGUUGGGCAUUCUAGUGGAAAGGAUGAUCGUUCCUCCACCACUUCAUCCAGCAGUCCACCAGCAGAGACCAUGCCUGCAUCCCACCUAGUGAGCUCAAAUCAGACCACUGUUGUGAAAAAUCCCUUGCCAAAUGCCAAAACAGCAGAAGUCAGGCCAAGUGAAAUGUUCCCCUAUCACGGGCCUAAGAAACCAAUGCUGGAGCAAGAAGGAAGUAAGGAGGCUGCACAACACAGGGGGAACAGUGUUCUGAAAUCACUUGCAAAUGUUUUAGAGGGGCAGAAGUAUUGCUACCGAGGUGGCUCUGGGGUGAAGUCCACAGGAAACCCCACAUACUUUACUGGUGCUAUGGUGAGCAAGCGUAAUGUUGACCCAUACGCUACGCAAACUACCUCACACCUGGCCUGGGACACCAAGCCGAGGACAAAAGUUGGGGCAGUUCCUACCUCAGAGGCUCAAGGGAUAACCGAGAAACGGACAGGGGUACGGACAGAGACUGACAUUCUGGAGGACAUCGCAAGAGCUUGUGAAACUUUGGUUGGGGGUACCAAGGGAUUUGUCUCAAGCAGAAUGGAAGAUGAGAGAGAAGUUGAGCCCAAAAAAUCAGAAGGGAUAGUUGUUGACAGGAAGCCAGACUUACAGCGGGGCGUGGAAAAAAGUGACGGUCAUUGGGGGAUAAUUAUACAAGAAGGACCAGUUAAGCAGAAAGUAGAUUUUCAACGGAGAAGUGAUACACAAAAAGAGGCGGUUGAGAAGAAACCAGAGUCAGAGGCUCCCUUGGGGACCAGCCAGCAGGAGCUUGAGAAGAAACUGGGGGCAGACAAAUCACGUGUCCCCAUUGAAAGGAAGCCUGAGACCUUGCAGGAGACAGAUGUACAAAAAGGAGUUGCUGAACUGAAGCAGGAAACAUCUUUUGGCAAAUUCAGGCACAAAGUGGUAGAGAGGAUGGACGUGGCUCUUGAGAGAGAAUCCAGAAAGUCAUUGAAGGCAGCAGAGAAAAAAUGUCCCCCACUUACUGCUGACUCCCCCACUGCCAAGGAAGAGUCCUCAAACCUACAAGGUGUUAAUGUCAAGGAGGCUGUAAAAGUGGAGGGGACAACGAAGAGGCUGGAAGGGGUAAAUGACAGAGAGUCACCAAAAAAGAACACCGAACCAUUGACCCAGGGAGGGUUGAAUAGAAACAUGCCAGCUGAAGUGGCAAAAGUGAAUGCUGAUAACAAGGACACUAAGUCAACUGAAGAAGCACCUGUCCCAGCAAUGGAGGCAGGAGACGAUGGCACAAGGGUAAGGGAGGCUGAAAACCCCAUUGAGAGGUUGACUAUAUCUCUGUCUGUCCCUGCUCGGAGAAAAGAGGAGAGCAGGAGGAAAGAAAGGAAGCACAGGAAGUCCAGGAGGGACCGUAGUAAGAAGGCAACUGAAUGCAGGUCUCUGAAGGACAAGGAAAGGCAAGUUCUAGGCAACCUGGAUCUUCAGAGCCAGUGCCGGGACACCACAAAUUCUACCCUUAAACAGGGCUCCAGGAAGUCUGAUACUAGUCGGAGAAGCUGCGAGGAAGCACACCAUCAUCAGCCUACUCCACCCACUGCCCCGACUUCCACACCACCUCCAACAUCCCAUGGCACGGCCAACUCUGACCUUCUAAAGAUGAGACCGUUCAUUGAAGGGCCGCCUAAAGAGCUAAAGAUCCGUCUCAUAAAGGUUGAAAGUGGAGACAGAGAAACCUUUAUAGCCUCAGAGGUAGAAGAGAGAAGGUUGCAGGCCAGCGAGCUGACCAUUAAUAACACUGCUGCCGAGAUUGUAAGAGCCACCAGGAAUAUGGUGCUAAAAGGGAAGUUCAAAGAGUCCUAUGUGCUGCCCUCAAUGUCUGUGAAGCCACCCUUGGGGACAGAGCAAAAUCUUCCACGAGAGAAGCUGAAACCGCCAACUCCUAGUAUAUAUCUGGAGAGUAAAAGAGAUGCCUUCUCCCCUGUCCUGCUUCAGUUCUGCACUGACCCCAAAAAUCCCAUCACUGUUAUCCGAGGUUUGGCCGGAUCCCUGCGUCUCAACCUCGGACUCUUCUCCACCAAAACUCUAGUUGAUGCUAACGGGGAACACACGGUGGAGGUUCGAACUCAGGUUCAGCAGCCGUCCAAUGAGAACUGGGACUCGUCCGGCACUCGGCAGAUCUGGCACUGUGAGAGUAGUCGUUCCCACACCACCAUCGCCAAAUAUGCACAGUAUCAGGCCUCCUCCUUCCAGGAAUCUCUGCAGGAGGACAAGGAAAGUGACGAUGACUCCAAUGAGCCAGAUAGUACCACAGAAAACCCACCCCCCAGCACAAACCAGGAGCACAAGACCCCGCAGAUUAUCAAGUUCGGCACCAAUAUUGAUCUGUCUGAUCCCAAAAGGUGGAAGCCUCAGUUACAGGAGCUGCAGAAGUUACCUUCCUUCAUGCGUGUUACAUCCAAUUCCAACAUGCUUAGCCAUGUGGGCCAUACUAUACUUGGCAUGAACACUGUUCAGCUGUACAUGAAGGUUCCGGGCAGCAGGACCCCAGGUCACCAGGAGAAUAACAACUUCUGCUCUGUCAAUAUAAAUAUUGGUCCUGGGGACUGUGAAUGGUUUGCUGUCCAUGAAAAUUACUGGGAGAAAAUCAGCGCCUUCUGUGACAAACAUAACCUGGACUAUUUGACUGGAUCCUGGUGGCCCGUUCUGGAAGACCUGUACCAUGCAGACAUCCCAGUUUAUAGGUUUGUUCAGCGCCCUGGAGACCUUGUGUGGAUCAAUGCUGGGACAGUCCAUUGGGUGCAGGCCACGGGCUGGUGCAACAACAUAGCGUGGAACGUGGGGCCGCUGACACCCUAUCAGUAUCAACUGGCCCUGGAGCGCUUUGAGUGGAACGAAGUCAAGAACGUGAAAUCCAUUGUCCCCAUGAUCCACGUGUCGUGGAAUGUGGCCCGAACCGUGAAAAUAAGUGACCCAGACCUGUAUGGUAUGAUCAAGCACUGUCUCAUGCAGUCUAUGAAGCGCUGCGUUCUGCAGAGGGACAGUCUCAAUCGCAGCGGCAAGAAGAUCGCCUACCAGAGCAGAGUGAAGGAUGAACCGGCCUAUUACUGCAACGAGUGUGAUGUGGAGGUGUUUAAUAUCCUGUUUGUGACCAGCGAGAGUGGAGGGAAGAACACUUACCUGGUGCACUGCGAGAGCUGCGCCCGGACCGCUAAUAACAACAAUGUCGUCAUCCUGGAGCAGUUCAAGAGCGAGGAGCUGAUGCAAAUAUACGACAACUUCCACCUGGCCCCACCCCCGAACAUCCGGUGAGUCUCCGCCCCCCUCCUAUGCUGUUCCUUCAACAGUCUCUACAUCUAUCGCAGAGCCAACCAAUCAAAACUCCCCUCCUACCCAGUACCGGAGGGGGCGGUGCUAUAAACCAGCUAAUCGCAGAAGAGAAGUUCAUACAAUGGAGGGGAGUAAAUCACAGACCGGCAGCUUUUUGUCUCCCUCUUCAGCCAAUUGCAGGCCUUGUUUACACAAAACCCGCCCCCUGCGGGAACAGCCAAUCAGGAUGCAGGAUUCUUUGUGUCCUCUAAUUUUAUUUUAUUUUUUGUAAUUUUAUCAGGAAUAUUUAUUCUGAAAUCUUGAAUUUUGUGACUUUUGGGGGCUUUAUUAGGGGAGGGUGGAUUGUAUUAAUUGGGAUAUUUUUGUUUUUUGUUGCAGGUGGGGGACACUGCAUGGGUUUUAUUUUUUAAAGAAACUUUACGUUUUCAGCUAGUACAAGGGGAGAUAGAGACCUGGGGGCGUGGUCUAUAAGCUUGUGGGGGGGGCACCUCCUGGGGGUGACUGUGAGACACAUUGUGGUAUUUUAUGACUGACUGCGGCAUGAGUGGAGCGCUGGUGCCAUUCUGUUGUUUAGUCUUAUGUGAAAGAAUGAGAAUCUCAUUUGGUUCCUCGGGGGCGGGGCUUGAUUGUGUGGGAGGGGAUUGGUUUAUGGAUUGUGUGUGGCAGGUCAUCGCUGGCAUUGCUGACACUGGAGCAGUAGGUGGAGGUAGAAGAAACCUCACGAUGUUGGAACACUUGGAAGGGGCGAGGGGGGCCCAUGGGAGUGGGGGCGAGGAACCACAAGGUGCUUUUCCCACCCCCCAAACAGGCAGGAAAUUAAACAAAAAAUAUACAUAUAUCUAUAUAUUUAAACAGAGAAACUACAUUUAUGGUUCCUUUUUCCCCCCCUUUACACUGUGUGCGGACCCCGCGGCCCCCCCCAUUGUGUUCAGCAGGAGAGUUACGGGUUUUUACACUUAUAAAUAUAUAUAUAUAUAAAUAGAGAGAGGGAGAAAUAUCUCCAUUUUAACCUGUUCCUUGGAUUUUCACCCCAUUUCCUGGUCUCUGUAAUAUAGAAAAUGCUAAAUAUUAUAAAUAUAUUAUAUAAAUAUAGAGAUUUGGUUGAAAUCCCCCUAGAAAGUUCCUGCUUGUGCUGCUCUCUAUGUUCUCUCCGUCGAUAUUCGUUGCCUCGCUUUUUCCUUACACCCCCCCCCCCCAAAACUCUUGUCGGACGUCCCAAAUUUCCUUGGCCCUCCGAUGACACAAGAUGGUUUAGUUCCCCAAUGAAAAGAGACCCACAUUAUUGUAUAUAGAGGAAAAGCACUUGAUGUGAAUGAGAGUCUCACUUAACGGCACUGCUGUGCAUCGUUUCCAGUUCCACAGGGAAAGAGAAUUCCCCCACAGGCUCCGCUAGAGAAAAUUUCAUGGGAAAGGGCCCGUAUUCCCGGGGGCUUGGGGGAUUCAAUAAGGUGGAGUAUUAAACACGGUGUUAUUUACGUUUCAGUUUUUUCAUUGUUGUAAAUAUAGGGGCCCUUGCUGCGGCCCUCAAGAAAAAAUAUUUAAAAAUUUAUCGUGUAAAUUUUGUUUUCUACACAUUUUGAUAAUAAAAAAUAUUUUUGGCAUCUGAAAAAUUAUUAAAAAUAAUAAAAAAAAAAAUUGUCUUCUACUUUGUACAGAAAAAUAUACAUUUUUUUUUUGCAGUGAUUAACGCCGCUCCAUUUAAUGAAUCCCCCCCACUCCAGAGAAUCCAAUGGUGGAGUCAUAAACCAUAGAGAGUGCGUAGCGUGUUCCCCAGCAGUGAGGGGCGCACCCCAGUUCUCUAUAGGACUCAGCAUUGACCUGGAUAAAAUCAUAUCGACAGGUUGAAGCUAACGAGGUCACUUGAGAAAACUCGAGAUUAAAUAAGAUGAGCAAUCAUGGCUGCCCCCACUCGUGAAUAAACACAUAGAUAAAUAAGGAUCUCUGUGCAGGAUAGUCUAUAGACUUCUAUUUUACAUCUAAAAUGUUCUUGUAAACCACUCCCACCUACACAAACACACGUCUAAAGCACUUAUUAUUAUUAUUAUUAUAAUCAUCACAUUUUCCCAUUAAACUUAAAACAAACCUAAAUAGACUCUUGUAAAAGUCUCUGUACACACACGUCUAUACAACUGAUCCCUUGCACUUAAUGGUUCCUCAAAUUCCUUCUUCAACCCUGAGUAGUAACAGUCCCUUCCCUGAGAAUAUCUGUUCCACAUAGUCCCACCCCUGAGAAUCCAUGUUUCACCCAGAGAAAAGCAGUCCCUCCCCUGAGAUUCCUUGGUCCACCCACAGUAUAACAGUCCCUCCUCUGAGAAUCAUUGGUCCACCCAGAAUAUAACAGUCCCUCCCCUGAGAAUCAUUGGUCCACCCACAGUAUUACAGUCCCUCCCCUGAGAAUCAUUGGUCCACCCACAGUAUUACAGUCCCUCCCCUGAGAAUCAUUGGUCCACCCACUGUAUAACCGUCUCUCCCCUGAGAAUCCUUGUUUCACCCAGAGUAUAACAGUCCCUCCCCUGAGAAUCAUUGGUCCACCCACAGUAUAACAGUCCCUCCCUUGAGAAUCAUUGGUCCACUCAGAGUAUAACAGUCCCUCCCUUGAGAAUCAUUGGUCCACCCACAGUAUUACAGUCCCUCCCCUGAGAAUCAUUGGUCCACCCACAGUACAACAGUCCCUCCCCUGAGAAUCAUUUCUCCACCCACAGUACAACAGUCCCUCCCCUGAGAAUCAUUGGUCCACCCACAGUACAACAGUCCCUCCCCUGAGAAUCAUUGGUCCACCCACAGUACAACAGUCCCUCCCCUGAGAAUCAUUGGUCCACCCACAGUAUAACAGUCCUUCCUCUGAUAAUCUCUGUUCAACCCAGAGUAUAAUUGUUGCUUUUUCUGAAAAUCCCACUUGAAGGGCCAAUAAAAAUGCUUUUUGGGCUGCAGAUGUUCUAGAAGCUAAACUAGCUUUUUUUCCCCCUCAAGGCAGCAGCUUUCUAGGGGCAACAUUUGUUGUCUCUUCCUCUACUAACUUGUCCUGCCAGCUCUGGCAAUUGGUGCUUUUAUCUGGUCUAAACUAAGAAACCCUAGAAGAGACCUCACGAAGGGGAGAAAAUCCACCAAAGGGAGAUAAUCACAAAGAAAUAAUGUGGCUUUAUUAAAUAGGGCAUAGUGUAAGACUGACGUUCAAAUAAGCUGAGUAGAAGAACAGCCAUUAGGCAAACUGUAGCCUUCUAUGUGUUGUUGGACUUAAUCAUAGUGCAGUAACAUAUCAUUUCCAGCAAUUGUGAGUAUUUGUGGAGUAGAUGCAGAAUCCAUAAUACUGAGUCUUACUAUCUCCAUGCACCGAAUCACCAACUUAGUCUCCACUUCCAGUGCAGCAUCUCUUGAGGUUCCUCACUAGCCUUCUGCUGGCCAGAACUGGUCCAACAUGCCAACAAGCAAAGAUUAUCAGUAUUCAGGCUUAAAGCUGCUUUUGGGGGGUGGGGAGAAGAAAAUGACUAUGAAAGUUUUCUUUUAAUAACAUAUAUGGGGAGAAGUUGGUUAGUGGAGCCCAGUUUUGGGUCUCAGGCAAGUAGAACCCAUCUUCAGGCCAGAGACUUCCUAGCCCUACUCCAAACUAUACAGAAGCAGAGCACAAGUCUAACCCUACAGCAUUUUGUAAAGCCAAAUGAUUUCUUUCUGAUACAAAGACACUUUGUUUCUACUUUAUUUAUUUUCUGCAUUUCUUCUCAUUUAGGAAUUUUGGGAAAAAGUUUUCUUGUGUACAUUUUCUUUGAUGUUUGUUUGUAGGAUUCCUGUUUCCCUUUAUUCUAAUGGUGCUAUGUUUCCUACCCUUUUUUUGUACGGUAUUUUAUAACGGUGAAGGGGUUGUUUGUUUUUAAACAUCAUGGGGUGUUUGUGUUAUUAGCCCCCAUUGAAGGGAGGUGGGCAGGACAGGGCUUCUCAAGAGUCAGAAGCUCACGGACGGGAACAGAUAUUUAUAAGCAGUGGGCGAAGAGACUCAUCUUGCAGGUUUUUGGCAGGAGAGGGGUUCCGACAGUAAGCUCUGCUGGUCGCUGGUGCUAAUGAUCCCCCUUUACCUCAGGGCCACAGGGCACCUCCUCUCUCGGCAUUACUUACCUGGUGCUACUUAAUGUUUUUUAUUCCGGUUUUUCUAUUUUAAUUUAACGAUCUGAAGAAUAAAAAGGCACGUGUGUAAGUGUGUGGCCCAUGGAUGGGUCGCGCGUUUAUUCCCUGACUGUGAUAGCACAUUGCUAGAGCCUGGGAACCUGCUACUCCCCUUCUUUACCCCUUUUGGGGUGAAUCAAUUUGUGCUGGAAUGGAUUAACCUGGGACGAGCCCUACGUGGACCAGACCUCAUUAAUCUUAAGAGCCCCUUUUCACAGGGGAGAGUCACUGGAAAAGAAGCUAACGAACUCUCUAAAAAGAGUGGGCCAAUCAUUUGUUUAUUGGAAUGAAGGGUAUAAAUAUAUACCCCGCCCCCAUUCCUUUGUACCGCUGACCGUAUGUUGGAAUCACCGCCUCACCAGCUGGAGCACGGGGACUAUCCCAGCCUCUCGUCCUUUCCACAACGCCACCACUUUCACACAAACUAUAAAAAAAGUUCUUUUUUUUUUUAACUGAGCCAGCGAUUUUUUUGCCUUUUUUUGUGAAUUUGUGAUAUUAAUAAAUCUGAAAACAAAAAUAAAAGAUUUUGAUUAA